AGGUGGCAGCAUUUCAUUGAGCGUCUUUCUCCCGCACAGGAACAAAAAUGAGCGGGAGAAUUUGUGUUGUUGUUGUGGGCCAAAUACAAUGACGGGCUCUAUGAAAGAUAUUAAUGUUUUCUGUGAGAUAUUAACAUUUUAAUACUUAAUUUUGCUAUUGCUUUGAAAGUAAAACUUAUCGCAAACGCAAAGUUCGCACCAAGACUUUCAAGCUGCCAAAACAAAGAAGAGUGUAACGUAAGCGCCGAAUUGCGGUCAGCUAACAGUUACCAGUCACGGGAAUGUUGGCUUUGAAACAGAGAACCGGACUAUCUGCGGGUUUAUGAGCUUCACUGGCGGAAAAACAUUUCUUUAACCAGGGCUGGACACGAUGUCCCAGGUCAAAGCCAAAAAGAAACUGCAUUAUUAUCAAGGACAUGAAAUAGUAAAUUCUGAAUUCAAGAUCGAUAAUGUUUUGAACCUGCGUGACAUUGACAAUCUCUUCGAUGACAUUGAUGCUGACUCUGAGCUGGGUUUGCCUCUGCUUUCUCCCUUGCCAAAAAGCACUGGUGUGAAUAGUCAGAAGAAAAGUGGAAGUUCUUCUGAUCCCGAAAAGAUGAAGGCAUCAUAUAAACAGGUGCCCAAGGAUGCUUUAGUCCAAGAAAAUGGCAUUCAAGAGGAUGAAAUGAUUGAUAAAGAGAGUCCAUUUAAAGAAAUUGCUCCCAUAAAGACGUCCAGCCCUAUUGCUUUGGCAACAGAGAGAGAUGAAACGGUGGAUGGAGUCAGAUCUGUGGCUGAUCCUCUUCUCUUCGUUGAGGAUGACGAACCCAUUGGUGGAGACUUGAGCAAGGCGUCCUGCACUCAGCAAUCAGAACCGGUCAAGGAAUCCCUCUAUGGGGAUAGCGGGUCUCUGGCAUCACCACCGGAAAAGCUUGAGUUUAGAAAAACUACUAAAUCAAAUGCUGGUUCCUUAUCAAGGAAUAAAGAUCCAAGUCAACUUUCUCCUGUUAUGGUUCAGAAGAGUGAAACAAAACUUCAGGAGGCAGAGCAAUGCAAGAAUCAGGUGGUGGAGGAUCCAGGCCAAGGAUUGUCUUUCCAGCACAAGCUUAAACAGGUCUUGAUGCCUAAAUCCCCAUGUUCCAGGAAACAAGCAACAGUUCCAGCUCCUCCACCUGCCGAUUUAGAGGAGGAUUUCAUGAUCCUAGAUGAUGAGGCUCCUGUUCUUUUUGUCAUUCCUCGCAAGGCAGAGGUCAGCGGGAACAAAAGACCUGUCCCAACAGACACCGCAAAGGAGAAUGUACUUACAGAACCGCACUCUACAGAUCAGCUCUCACAGAGUGAAACAGAUACAACAAAUCUCCAUGGGAAGGAUGAUAAAAGAAACACAGCACAAAUUGAGUCUGGUAAACAAAAACCGAAAGGAAAACGUGGAAAAGGCUCAAAAAAGAGUGUAAAAGACUCUGUGACUCAUGAUGAUCUUGAGGACGGAGCAGACCUUGUAACUGAAAUGGUGGAGGACAGAGUUACAUUUCAAACUGACACAAAAACAGUCAAACAUAAUCACAAUUUACCAAACUGA